UCCGUCUUGUGGGAGGAGUCACGCACUGGCUUCGACUCAAGAUGGCAGCUGGAGCGGAGCACGGCUUGAAAAGAAUAGUUUGGCAAAGAAUCAAGGACACCCUCAUUGCAGACUGCAGAAAGUCAGAAGUAUGGAAGAUCCUCAUUCUGGACCAAUUCACCACGCGCCUCCUCUCCUCCUGCUGCAAAAUGUCCAAUCUCAUGUCGGAGGGCAUCACAAUUGUGGAGGACCUGCACAAAAACAGAGAGCCAGUUCCAGAGAUGAAGGCCAUCUAUUUCAUGAGACCCACUGCCAUGUGCGUUGAUGCAUUUAUUAAUGACUUCAAACUGAAACCCAAAUACAAAGCUGCAUAUGUCUUCUUCACUGACUACUGUCCUGAUGAUCUCUUCGACAAGAUGAAGAAGAACUGUGCCAAGCACAUUAAAGUGUGUAAAGAGAUCAACGUCUCGUUUCUGCCACUGGAAGCACAGGUGUUCACCUGUGAAAACACAGAGGCCUUCAAGAGCAUCUACACUCCGAACAGUCAGGACAGAGAUCAGACGCUGGAGACGAUAGCGAAUCAGAUCGUAACUCUCUGCGCCACGCUGGACGAGUAUCCUGGAGUCAGAUACAAGAAGGAUUCUGCUCUUGAUUAUGGAAACAAGUUGGCUGAACUUGUGGAUAAUAAACUGGCACGACAUUACGAGUUGGAUGAUAAUUCGAAGAAAAAGGGAAAAACGCAGGCUCAGCUUCUGAUUGUUGAUCGUGCACUGGACCCUGUCAGCCCUAUUCUUCAUGAGCUCACCUACCAGGCCAUGGCUUAUGACCUCAUACCAAUAAAGGACAACAACUAUGAGUAUAAGUUAAAUGAUGGCUCUAAGAAAGAAGCUUUACUGAAUGAAGAGGAUGAAUUAUGGGUCAAAUUGCGUCACAUGCACAUUGCUGAGGUCACUGGGCAAAUCCCCAAACUGGUGAAGGAAAUCUCUGCCAACAGAGAUGAGAAGAAACAGGCUGAUGGGAAGAUCACAAUCGGAGGCCUAUCCCAGCUCAUGAAGAAGAUGCCAGGCUUCCGCAAGCAGAUGACUCAGAAAACUGUCCACGUUAGUUUAGCUGAGGAUCUGAUGAGUCAUUUCCAGAAGAAUGUGGAAAAACUCUGCAAAGCCGAACAGGAUCUGGCUGUAGGUGCAGAUGCUGAAGGACAGAAGGUCAAGGACCCCAUGAGGACGUUACUUCCUGUGCUGUUACACCCACAUGACACCACUGAUAAGAUCCGGGCCGUCCUACUCUACAUCUUCAGUCUAAACGGAACGACAGCGGAGAACCUGAAUAAACUGAUUCAGCAUGUGAAAAUCGAGGAUGAGAGCGGGUAUAUCCUGAACUGGAAACAUCUGGGAGUUCCCAUCCUCUCCACGCCGAGCAUGUUGUCGUUCCGUAAACAACCUCGGAAAGACCGGUCAGACAAGGAGACUUACAACGUGUCUCGCUGGACACCCGUCAUUAAAGACAUAAUGGAGGAUGCAGUGGAGAACAAACUGGAGGUUAAAGACUGGCCGUAUCAAUCUGAAUGUCCGUCUGCGUGGAACGGCUCUCGUGCUGUAAGAGUGGUGAGUGCGCGGCAGAAGCACAAGGGCAGUUCUCCGGAUGAUCUCAGGAGCGGCUCGCGGCUCAUCCUCUUUGUUCUGGGUGGGGUCAGUUACUCAGAAAUGCGCUGUGCUUAUGAAGUCACGCAUGCUAAUAAAUCCUGCGAGGUUAUCAUUGGCUCGACACACAUCCUCACUCCACGUGGUCUGCUGGAGGACAUUUAUAAAUUGGACAAAUAACCCAUGGAAAGCUUUAACAUUGAGGAGGACAAACCCUGAACAGCCCUGCCCUGCCAUUUCCUCCUCCGGACUGAAGGGAACAGAUCUCCGCUGCUUUCCACCUCACAGCAUUCACUUAAAAGCUUAUUACAAGAAAAACAAAAAACAAUAGUUCUGCAUGGAACAUUUUGAGGUCAUUUCAUGUCUUAAAGUCUCAGUUGUGCUCAAUUUAGGUUAUACGUAACAGUAACUCUUCACAACUAACUUCAACUUUGAGCUAUUUAGGCUUUUUAAAUUGUUAACUUUAUAAAAUCGUGAAAAUUAUAACAUUAUCUUUUAAUAUGCAUCAUGAUUAAAAACUUAAGUAAGACCCAAUUGGUUUGAUAACCCUUUAAUGCAAUAGAAGGACUUUUAAAAAGAGAUCAGCUUGUGACCAGAGCCUUACAAACUGGUGCCUUUUAUUUACCAGUGAAAGCGAAAUGCUUGCACUGGAUUUUCAGUAACAUUUUUUUUUGUAUUUCUAUCUCACACUAACAGUAGUUAUUUGCAAAAUCCACUUGAAAUUUGAAAAUAUGUUUUGAUGAUUUGUUUGUGAAUUAGGUUGAUUUGUACAUAUGCAUUUUGUGCUGCUUUAGUGUUUUGCUUGUAUAAAACAUUAACUGAAGAAUGAGCAAAUGAGGGAUUUAACCGAUUUAAUGCAUACUUAUUGAACAACUGACAACUUGAAUGACGUGGUUCAAUUAUGUUUGGUUUGUAAUGUUUGUAAUGUGGUCUGUCUAAUGUCAACUGUACUUCAUAAAAAAUAUAUUGGCUCUAUUUAUGAUUUCAUGGAUUUUGUCCUGUGGACGGUGACCCCUGUUGUGUAUACAUUUUUGAAGAAAAUGCAAGAGGGGAUUUUUAUGCAGGCAUGUUACAAGCUGUUUGUUGAUGUCCAGUGAGCUUUUUCGAGACAUUAAGCUAUGAAAUUCCUGCUUGAGU